AUGCCGCGCGCGCCGGUUUCAGCUGCUGCGGGUCCUCUGCCGCUCCCCACUUCGCCAACGUCCAUUCAGUCCGCCAGCCAGCGAAGUUCGCGGGGGAAAAAGCCUGGAGCGCCCAGUUCUCAGGCGCUGGCGGCCGCGAUCGUUGCGAGCCCCGUGCUCUCGAAGAAGAGGAGGGAGCCUUCUUGCCUGGUUUCCUCCACGCGAGACGCGCAGGAGCCGGGCGAGGCGACCCCCCGCCAGAACGCCCCCGGCACCAAGAAGCGGAGAAAUUCGUCCUCCAGAGUCCGCUCCCUCUCUACGCGGCCGGGGGGCGGCGCCGAAGGCGCUGGGGUCUCCGCAGGCAUUCAGGGCGCGGGAUCGGCUUUCCUCUCCAGUUCCUCGGUUGCCUCGCCUGCGAAAGAGGUCGCAGUAGCGGCGCGCGAAGAAAGGCCAGCAGAGGGCGAACCUGAGGGCCCUGGUGCCGCCCCCCCGCGGCGCUUCACCCGCCAGAGGCUGAGGGAAGAUCUCAUCCCCCACCAGGGAGAGGCAGAGUGCCACGGAAGCCAGGAAAAAGACAGACAUGAGACGCCUGGAGGGCGCAGCGGAAGAGGGAGGAGAAAGGGCGUCCGCGUCGAGCAGCUGGCGCAGCAGGGGGAGCCGGAGGAAAGCAGCGAGAGGCAGCCGCCCGCCCGCGGCCCCGAGCUGAGGAACGGCGGAGCUCCUUCAAGCUUCGUGGAGGGCGGCAAGGGCCGAGAGGGAGGGGAGGGCGCUGCAGAUGGAGAGGAGGAGGUGGAAACGGCGAGCCCGCCGAAACAAGGUGGAGAGAAGCUGUGGGAACUGGAACUGGAGAAUCAAGGCCACCGCAGCGGCUUCGAUGGUGCAUCCGAAUCUGAAGUGGAAGAGACGGAAGAGGACUUGCGGCUGCGGAAUCUGGAAGACGAAAUCGACAAAUUCGAGACGGCGUUGACGCUGCUACGUCCAACUCUUGGAGAUUACGCAGGAGAACGCGAUGACAGCGUCCAGGCCAUUAGCACGCAUAUUGACAAACUCUUAGCGCGGAAGCGUGGAGGCAUGAUCUACCUCUGCGGUGCGAGCGGGACGGGGAAGACAUGCACAGCGUUGCACGUCCUCGAUCGAAAACUGAAGGAAAGCAAGCACCGCGGCAAAAUUCACAAAGAACUGGUGACGGUCUCCUGCGCCCAUCGCGAGAAGGACGCUCAGUUAUUCUGCGAAAUGCUUGUUCGCAUGCUGCCGGCGUCGGGCCUGCCCAGCGAGCGGGCGCUGUAUGCAGAUCUGAAGGCCACGCUCAUGAAGGAAGGUAUCGGAGGACUGGUGACGCGUUUCGCAAGCUUUACUAAGAAGUUUGAUAAGUUCUGGCUCUGUCUCGUUGACGAGGUCGAUUUCCUGGCGACGACAGGGAAGAUUCGCACGGAUGUUCUAUGCGGCGCGGGGAGGAAGUCGGGUAGAAACCCUGGAGCCGCCGGCGCGGGCGGGUCGGCGUCGAGCCAGAAGAAUGCGCUGCAACAAGACAUUCUCAUGGCUCUCGCUCUGGCGGCGACGCACCCUCAGUCAAAGAUCAUUGUCGUCGCCAUCAGCAACAGCUCGGAGCUUGCGCAGCAUUUCACCGGGUUGCCUAUUCCAUCGCUCACUUUCUGUCCGUAUACUGAGCGCCAGUUGACGGCUCUCCUCCUCAAGAGGCUGGAAGUCCUGGGUUGCCAGCGAUGCUUUGCGACCCCGGCGAUUCUCGUCUUUGCUCGGAAGGCAGCCAACACCUACGGAGACUUCCGGAUGGCUUUGAGUGGAUUCUGUCGAGCGAUCGAGGACAAGCUUGGCGCUCUGCAUGAUCACCGCGCGCAGGCUUUGCGUGCCGCCGCCUCGCGCCGUCAAUCCAGUUUCUCGCGCUGCUCCACAACGCUGCCGAGUCGGUUUGUGACGGGUCAGACACUGCUGGACUCUCCCACCUCUUCAGCGGGUCUCCCGUCGCCUCUGUCUUCCUCUAACAGACGCUCGCGUGCCGCGCUCCUGUCUUCGUUCCCCGCCGUGGAGGCGGAUGCUUCCCCUGCGUCCGGGGCGGCGAGUCGCGACGCAGACGCCCGAGGCGGUCUUCCGCCCUCUGCGCCGUCGUCGCCCUCCGCCGUGGCCAAGGCGACGCGCCGAAACUCGCUCGUGCGUGUGGCGCAGGGAGGGGCUCUCUGUUCGCAGAAAGAAGCGGCGAGAGGAGGCGACUCGCAGGCGAGCCCGACGCCCUUGUUCGCCGGCGCGCUCAGUCAGAGCGCGCUCACUGACGAGACACCUGAGCACAUGCACCAGAUGACGCCGUCCACUGUUGCCUCGAGUUUGUAUCCCUCUCCCCUCGCUUCCGGGCCUUCCUCCUGCCCUUCGCCGGCGAUGUCCUCCUGCCAGUCGAUGUGCGACGCGCGCAGAAAGCCCCCUACAGUUCUUCAGAAAUGCCUGCUGGAGGAGGCGAUGCAUACCACGGGGUUUGUGCGCCGCGGAAACAAGGAGAGCGCCGAGGGCGCAGUUGGAACGCCCCUCGGGCUGUCUGGAGGCGAUGGAGCCGCGAGUGCGCCCGACGAAAGAGCUGACUCUCGAGCGGCGGAUGCGUGGACGAUGACUCCUCCUUCCUUGCACGCGCUGUCGCUGGCGACGCCAAGAGAGGCCGCCGGCGACCGGCAGCUCCACAUUCCUCGGAGCGUAAACAGAGAGGCGGUGGCGGCCGUCGAGUCAGCGGAGAAGUCAGAAGGACGCGUGGCUGAGCGGGAUGGUCAAGAGGAGGGAGAAGAGACGGAGAGCCGUUCGAGGGGCGACGUGCUCGGGCAAGACGCCGCCCCGAGCUUCCGGCGCGCGCGUUCAGACAUUUUGCCGCUCGGGAGCCAAAAACCGAAGGCCCAGGUGUUCGGGGAGUCGCGGAACACCGGAAAACCGUUUCUUCCUUCACCGCUCUCUGCCGCUGUUCCUCACUUCGUCUCCGGGGGCCUGCAGCGCUCGCAUUCAUCUCUGCAGCCCUCCGGGAGCCACAGCUCCUACCCCGCGGUUCCUGUCUCGUCCUUGUCUCCCUCUUCGCCGUCUCUCGCGUCCUUCGCUUCGGCCUCGACGUCGACUCCACCGUCGUCGCCGUUUGCGCACCCAGGUUCCGCCGGGCACACGCCUUUGGCGGCUCUCAGUCAAACGGCGAGUGGUCAGCGGCGCCGUCGUUCGCAGCUCUCGGCCUUGAAGCUGCUUCAGCUCCAGCAGAACCAGCCGAGCAGCGAGCACGCGGAACAGAUGCAGUCGCAUCGCCGACCGUCUUGUAGCAGUAGCAGCUGUGCGUCUUCUCGCCGCUCGCUGGAACUUCGCGACAUCCAGAACUUGAAGAACGUCUCUUCGAAAGUGACGUCGCCUCUGAGCCACCUCAUGGUCGCCGCGUCCCGCGUGGCGGGCAGCCGCUCGCCUCUGUCGUCUACCAGGGACCCCUCGCGGUCAGGAGAUGAACGAGCGCACGAGGCCUCUGAAGGCACAGAUCGUGCUGUUAGCCGAGGCGACACAGGAAGCGUAGAGAGAACGCGAGGCGUGCUGCCAGCCGGCGACGCGGAGACGAGGGCUCGUCGUGGCGGCCGCCGCUCGGGGGAGGGGGCGGGCCUUGCGGAUUUGAGUGAGAUAGAGGGCAGACCAAGCGUCUCGCCGCAGGUGAUCGGCGUGGGGGAAAUGAAUGCGAGGGCAGGGGCAAUCUUCGGAAACGACCAGCAACACGUCGUCUCCAGAAUUCAGGGCUUGCCACUCAUGCAUCAAGUCUACCUCCUCGCGGCUUGUCGAAGUGCCAUGAAACGCGUCUACGAGGCCAACCAAGCGGCAGGAGCUGCAAACGGGAGAGCAAGAGGCGAAAAAAGCGCAGCAGGAGGAAGACACAGUCAAGAAAACGUGAGCAAUCAGCAGAAAGAGCAACUUCUAGGGUGCGGAGGAAGUGUGGAUAUCACUUUCACGGACGUGGAGGUUCAGUAUCGCCAGCUGUGCCAGGAGCUUCAGAACGGGUACUUGCUGAGUCAGCACAUGGCAACGAGUUGUUGGCGCCAUGCUCUUGAGGCGUUUGAGCAGAUGGGGUUGAUGCGCCCCACGCGGUCUGCCGGCGUGCUGGGCUCCACCAGUUCGACUGGCUUUUCGGGGCUAUCCGGCGGCGGCGCCGGCGCUGCCUCGGUUUCAAGUGGCGCGAAGGGGGGACUCUGGGGCGGCGCGGCUGUCGGGUCCGCAAGAGGCGGGUUCGGCGCCUUUGGCCCCUUCGGCGGCGGCGGACGACGGAGCUCCGCGGGUCUCUUCGCCGGGAAAGUGGGGACUGGAGCCGGGACCGGCGGAGCGUUCAGAACGAAGCUCGUUGCUGAGAGGGAGCAGGCGUGGGAGUUGCAGAUGUCACCGGCUCUCAUCGAAGCGGCCAUUAAGCGUCUGCAGCCGAUCUUGAUGAGCUCGGACUUGGAGGAGCACUUCACCCGGGGGCUGGAAGCCUGA